AUGAGGAUUCAAGCGGAAUCAGAGCGAGUGCAAUCAGAGUGUGCUAAAGUAGACCGCAGCCUGCGCGACCUUCGCGGCCGCCUCGAGGUGCUCGAGCGGACCCGCAAAGAGGCAGUGGACAGAAAUACUAAUGCACAGAAAGCUAAUCUCGCUAUAACCCACGAGUACGCUGCUAAUCUUAAGGACGCUGAAAUGGAGAUAAUUCAGAUAGAGGAAGAAAUUGAGGCGUAUGAGAAGGAGAAGAUGAACCUUACACAAGAUUUAGACCGCGUUCAAAGAGAGGCUCUCAUUUGGCAACGAAAGGGUAUUUUAGCAGUUGAUCUUAAGAAAAAUAUACAAAACGCAAAAUCGGCUGCGGGCGAAAUCGGCCAAAUGAGGGCCGAAAUACACAGGAUGGAGGUCCGUCGCGAACAACUUCGGAAGACGGGAGAGAAGUUAGCCGAUGAUUUGGCGCUGUACGUAACUCGUAGAGAGACUGCUAUGGAGAAGAACAGGGCGGCGGCCGCGGUAGAGAAAGCUCACGGCACCGCACAGACCUCGCAGUCUACCUAUCAUCAUAAGCUUAGAUUAGCCAAGGCUGAUUUGGCCCGAGCUACCAAGGAUCUGUCCGAGGCUACAUCGCAAAUGGAAAACCUGCAAAAGGAAUAUGAGCGGUUGAAGCGCGAGAUAUCACAAUCGAACGCCGCCAACUCACAGUUAGAAGAAAAUAUUGCGACGAUGCUUCGGGAAAGCAAAGAUGCGGAGAAACAAAAACAAUGGCUCUUGGAACGUUUAGUUCGCAGUCAACGUCUCGGCAGCGAGCUAGCCACUGCUAUAAAGAGGCAAUCAGUUCGAGUGAGAAAGCCCAAGUCUGUCGUUCUCACAGAGUACAAUCAAGCCGUCGCUCUAAACGAGCGUCUAAACCACAUAAUUGAAACUUUAUCAGACGAGUAUCCACAUUUGCGAGAUAAACUUGAUGUAAUAGUAAACACAUUAAAUAUACAUUCCCCAGAGAACUCACCGAGAUUAGUUGAAGAAUGCGCAUGCGAUGAAGCGAAAGAAGAGGACCCAAAUAUACCAGAAAAGCUCGAAAAGACCGAUGAG